AUGUCCAACGCGACCAGCAUUCAACCACAAGCUGACUUUGAGACUGGCCUCUCACAGGGUCAAGUCGUGUCCUUCUACGAAUGGCGUACAGUGCCAGUGCAGGAGGACGCGCCAACCCUCGCUGGACAAGUCACAGGCUCAGUACAAGAUUACAUCCCGCGGUAUAGUGCUCAACCGGUCGAAGUAGACACGCGUCGCAACCGCGAGGUCCAGAGCCACGAUCAAGAUAUUCUUGCCGACGCCCUCAAUUACCUUCGUUUAACUCUUGAUGCGAGACCUCCCGUGCCCGACGACGACAGACUCAGCGUCAACCGGCCAGACGCUCCGGUGCUGGCACCAGUCCUUACGUACCUAAACAACGUAGCCGUGCGAGAAAUUUGCUUUGGCAAACGCUCUCAGCGCGAACUACGGAUCCGUCGCACACACACCCUCGCUUAUGCCCGUUAUCAUGCCGCUGCCGGGGCGCUGCAAAUGCGCGACUUGCUUUUCCAAGGGCUGCAUGUAUUUUAUCAUGCUGUGUGCGAGGAAAUGCUCAUUCUCGAAGGCAACAGGCGAGUGCUCGACAAUACGCUUUGCUGA